CCCGCCCCGCUAUUCAUUUCCGAUAUUCGCCCCGCCCCAUUGCUAGAAAUGUUUCAAUCGCAAUAUAAUACAUUUUCAAAUCGCUUUUCCGGCAAAGUAGAGUCGGCGACGGAGUAGAAAGGAAUGACGGAAAAGGAGAACACGAUUUUCACCGGUAAAGAGAGAAACUCCGCCGAUCACUGCCGCAUCAGCAAUAGUAAAAGUGUGAAUAAUCCUGCGGAAGCCGGAGGUGAAGGCGAAAAGGAAAGUUCAUCAUCUUCAUCGAAGAAGCAAGGAAAAUCAUGCAAAGGAUGUCUAUAUUACUCGUCUUCUUAUAAAUCCAAUUCUCGAAAUCCUCUAUGCCUCGGACUUAGCCGUUCGCUUCCUCAGGUAUCUCAAUAUAUUGUUGGGGAAUCCGAGAUGGAAGCUUCUAAGGAGGGUAGGAACCUUACAGAUUUUAGAUAUGCUUGUGUUGGUUACUCCAUUUACCCAGAUCAGAAAUCUCGGUCAGCUGAUGGGCAAGAAGUUCAAACAGAAUUGCCAGUCUGUGUUGGCCUUGAGGUGUUGGUGGAAAGAAAGCUCAGUUCAGCUGAGGAAGCUCCUGGCCAUGCUCGUAAGAGAGAAGAAGGUCACAGAGUACCAGAGCCUCGAUCACAUAAACCAACUCACUCAACUAGUGAUGAGUUUCUCACCAGGUUCACCAGGAAUGCAAAUUUGGUUGCGAUGGGUGUUGCCAAGAACUUGCAGAAAGUGGGAAACAGAAUAAGCGAAGGCAUUGAUGACAUUUUCUAUCGACGACCAAAAUAGAACUCUGACGUGGAGUUAGAAACAGAUAAAGACUACAUGGCUGGAAGUAGCUCCACCAAAUAAUGUAUGGAGUAGCUUCUUUUGUUUCCUUCGUCAUUUUAAUAUUUGAAAUGAGCAUCUUAGCUGGAAAUGGAGAAAUUGUAAUGUAUGUAUGAAAUCCAUAUUGAUAUUUAUACUGUCAAUUAAAAUUCAUUGCUUCAGAGGCAUAUAUACGAUGCCAAGUUGACCUGUAUAAUGUAAUUAACCCGUAUCGAGAGUAGCUGUUUUUGUAAUAUUCUGUAUAUUGAAUCAGGUGGCUUGUUUGUUACUGGUAA